AUGUAUGCAACUACAAGAAAUGGCGGACUUACGAGUCCUUCGGGUGAUUCAUUUGCACAUUCAAAUGAGAAAACUUCACCUACUGAAACCAAUGUGCCGAAGGUUUUAGUUGAUUCAGAAGGUUAUUCCAUUCCGCCAUCUUCCGAUAAACCAUGGGAAACCUUUUCAUCAACCGACGGAAAUGAUUCGGAUGCACGAUCGGAAGACGCUUCAAGUUCACUCUCAGCUCAAGAAAAAAUGCGUGUAGAAAUUAAACAAUCUACUAUAACAGAAGAAAAUGAAGCAGAUGCUGCCGCUCUCUCUUCGGUCGUCACAGCACUUAAAUUGAGGCAUAAUCUAACAACACGUGGUAAAAGAGAUCAAUGGAGAAUGACUAAUUCACAAAGCAGCGAUAAUAUUUAUGGCAAUUAUAUUUCACCACAACGUACUAAUUCAGUACCUAUUAAUGAAUCAAAUGGCUCAACACGACCCCUAUCCGAAUUCUCCUCAAAUAAUGUAAGCCAUACAAAAUUUGUCACAGAACCAGAAAUUAAAAAAUAUGAAUUAUCUGCAUCAAUUACCGAGACUUUAAAUGUAAUCACAAAAGAUGGUGAAAUUACAAAGUUUCUUUUAACAGGAGAAAUAAGCUUUUCACAUAAUCUAUCAAUGGUAUACGAUGCCAAUAACUAUCCGCCAUUACGUGUCAGGAUCAAAAAUUUGGAAAAUUUGGAAAAUUUUGUCCCAAAUCUAUCAGUUUUCAAGCCUAUCGCAGAUAAAUUAGGCGAAUAUGAGGUGGAUAUCGGAUCAUUAUUUUCAACAGACAAUUUUCCGGUCGUUGUAAUGAAAUAUCAGGUUCACAUCGAUCCAGAUGAUCGAAGCAAGUUUAUACCGUUGCAUGUACAUCCUUGGUGGAAAUGUGAACCUAAUGUGACGUUAAUUGCAAUAUCAUAUCAUCCCAACUCAGAAUGUAAGCUUUCAGGUGUACUUUCAGAGCUUUCAUUUAUCAUACCUGUUGAUGGAAAUGUUGACAUAGUACAAUCUAAACCAAUUAGUAUAUGGAGCAAGAAACAAAAAAGAAUAUGUUGGCAAGUUGACGAUAUUGAUCUUUCAGCAAUUUCCGAGAAAAAAACCAUUUUAGCAAGACUUGAAGCAAAUCAAAAAUCAGAACCUGCGCCUACUGCAGUAAAUUUUAAAUGUAAAGGGCGUUUGUUUAGUGACAUUUCUAUUGAAACAGUAUCCCUUUCAAAUGGAAAUGGUAACAUAAAAGGAGAUUAUUUUAAUCACAACAAAAAUAUUAUUAUUAAUUUUAACAAAGUUAUAUGUCAAGCUAUUAGUGGGAAGUUUUUGGCAUCAUCUUAA